AUGCUCACCGAAACCCUACAGUACGGACAGGGCCACGUGCUCCAAACGGUGGCCGUCACCACCCUCCCGGAAUCCUCUCAAGAUAACAGCUACUGGGUAAUUCUCAUACACGGUGGCGCCUGGCGAGACCCCUCGCAGACCUCCAUCGGAUACCUCACCGGCGCCGCAUCCAUCCUCAUCUCCUCGCCCGCCUACACGUCUACCACGCUUCCUCGCAUCGCCGGCUUCGCAUCCAUCGAGUACCGUCUCAGCCCGCACCCAGAGUACCCGCAGGACCCGCAGACCACCGACCCGCGCGCCCUCCGCGCCGCCAAACACCCCGAUCAUCUGCACGACGUGCAGGACGCGCUGCGCUUCCUGCAGCACAAGUAUGGCUUCGGAGAGCGGUAUCUUCUCGUCGGACAUAGUUGCGGGGCGACGUUGGCGUUUCAGUCGGUGAUGGCGGGGUUGCGGGACCGUGCUGAAGACAAGGAGAAGGUCGUUCCUGCUCCGACGGCGAUCCUGGGCGUCGCGGGUCUCUAUGAUCUCAGACUCAUUCGUGAUACGUUCUCGGAUGUGCCUGCGUAUCAGGAGAUCGUGGAGGGGGCGUUCAGUAAGGACGAGAAACUCUGGGAUGAGGCCUCGCCUGCGGUGGUGCGGGGACCUAAUGGCGUGGAGGGGUGGGAGGCCGGUCGGUUGGUCGUGCUGGCGUAUUCGGUGGAGGAUGGUCUGGUCGAUCCCAUGCAAUGGAAGGCCAUGGAGCACGCGUUGGCGGGGUGGGAGAAGGACCAUUCCAAGGAGAAGGGUCGGCGGGUGGAAAUGCUGCCCCUCACGGGCCACCAUGACGAAGCCUGGGAGAACGGGGAAGAACUAGCGAGAGCGAUUGCUUUCACGAUUGAGAAGCUCGGCGAUUGA